GUGUUCCUACAGUUCACACCAAACCCUAAAAUGAUUUCAGACGCCUCUCUACCAUCCUGUGUGUGACACAAAGCAAACACCCAUCACCAUGCCUGAGACUGCAGAAGCCCAUUCCGCCCACCUCACCACCAACCGCAACUGCACAGUGGAGGUCACCAAUGUCACCUCUAGAUAUUGUCUCACUAACCCAAAGGUUUACAUGGAGUCAGGCUUCAACUUCAGCCCACCACAGCCCACAGUGCGCUCCACAAUGACAGAGGUGUGCUCUUUCACCAAGGACGACAACACGGCUACAGGUGCUGCGGGUGUCUUUACCUAUGAAAUGUACGAGAUGCAAACGCACAAGUGCACUGAGGUGUUGGCUGUCAUGUUCUCUGUGCCAUUCGACUUUAACAUAUACAGUAACUGGCUGGGGCUGGGCAUAUUUGAUCGAUCCAAGGCUUGUGAUGAGAAACUCUUCAACAGCAUGUACCACGACAAGGAUUGCGUUGGCUUCGUGCGGCAAAAGUCAGAUGGUUCUGGGUUGUUAUAUACUGGGAGCACAGUGGAUCUUAGAGCCACCAUGUCUAGUGAAGGGAAAGCUAUCAUAAAACUGGAGGUGUAUGAUAGGAUGUCUAGAUGAGGCUGUGGAAGUGCAAUAUACUAGCACCAAAUCAUGACACUGGAUUGGAUUACAUGAAACAUUAUAUGAACACAGCUGAUACUUGAUAUUUUGUCUGUUUUCACAUGCAUGGUGCUUUAAAUGAAUAAAUAUGUGCAACUGA